GUGAUAUGCAUGUCAGCUGAUAUGUGGAGUAAUAAAACGACCUGCUGGUCACCAUGCUAAAGCUGCUCGAUAAAAUAUCUCCAACAGCGUGUCCUAAACUCUUGCACAGGGUGGUGGAUGGGCUCUGUGGGCGGAGUUACCCAAAGCACAUAGAGUAUGGAGGUACCUGGAGUCUGCUGGAGUGGGGAGAACUUAUCAGCUCACUAACUCACUUCUUCCGAGUCGCAGUUGGGAGGAAAUGCUCAGAUCCGGAGGUAAAGGAGCUGCUGGGUGAUUUGCCGUCUGUCCAUGCAGAGGCUAUUCUGCAGUGUGUGCAUGCCAGGCAGGAGGAGAUCAGGCAAGCACUGGUGGAAAGAACCAACAGAAUCAGCAGUGCACAACUGGAUGACUUCAACUGGCAGCUAAAGCUUGCAUUAUCCAGCGAUAAGCUGUCAUCUUUAAACACUCCUCUACUAAACCUCUGUCUCGACCUCACAGAGAAUGGAAUUCAGAGAGCUGUAGACAUUGAAAUGAGCAAAGAAGAGCUAAACACACUUAUCAAUGCCUUGGAGGCUGCUAAUAAGGUGGUCCUGCAAAUGAAAUAAUUGUGCAACUCCACAGCUCCUCGCCUGCUCCAGAAAUGCCUCCGGAAUGAGGAGUGAUUUUAUAGGAUGCUGCUACUGCUUAAACAGGAAAAAGACUGGAUGAAUCUGUGUCUCUAAAUUUGAGUGUAUUGAGCAUAGUGUGCGUGGAGGUCACCUCAGUAAAUAGCUGCGAUUCAGCACCUCAUUUGGUUGUAUGGUGUUAAUGCGGUUCAGGCAGUUAUAUUUAACAGAAUAGGAAAUGGAUGGGUGAUUUUUUUUUUUUUUUUUUUUUUUUUUUUACCUGCUUCUAUAAGAGUUUAUAAUGUGCUUGAUUGUGUAGCAAUGCCCACCAGGUUCAUGCAUUUUUAAACUGAAAAAUACAAACAUGGUUAUGAUGCAAGCCAAAUUGUGAGUGAGUAUGGAAUAGCGCAGUGUUCAAAUUAACACAUGUUGAUUCUUGAAGACAGGAAUUAAUGCAGUCAACAUCGUCAAAGCUCUUAGUAGUUAUACCACUGUUCAUUCAAGAGUAACAGGUAAUUAAUGUGAGCAGAUCCUGUAACAGAUAAUAAUUAAUGAGAGCAGCGUAUAUCUAAUUAAAAUUUUACUCAUCGUUUCCCCUGCUUGGUCUAGGCGAGUCUCUCACUUUCGGUUUGGUCCAUUUGACCACCCCUAAGUGGAAUCCUGGUUGUAUUAGUGCGUGAUUGGAAAAGAAACAAGUAUUAAAUAAGCUACAUUUUUGUUUUUUCAUCUUUCAGUCAUUUGCUUUAUGCAAGCUCACCUAGAGCAGCUUAAACCUUCUUACUCAAAAUCUGUAUGUAAAAGGCAGGCACCUUUGUUAAGUGUCUCUGUAGAGGUACUGGUAAGAUUAGUUGAUACUCUGAGAUACUGUACAUGAGGACAGGAAACUGCAGAUUUCUUCACAAGUGUUACCACAAGGGUAUUGGAUUGGUGAAAUAUUUUUAUUUGAAUCCUUUAAAGUUUCUCAUGAUUUUUAGGAACAACUGUGUUUGUGUUCAUAACACACACAAGCGCGCACACACUCGCACUUACUUGCCUUACAUACGUGCCUGUGGAGUAAAUCUCUAUCAGCGUGGGAGCACACAGAUAAAAAGCAUGAAUUCAAUUCACAACUAUGCUAUAUAAACAGUUUUAAAUAAGACCAGCAUCACCAUUUUAUUAUUUUUUUUGGCUUCUGCUGUAAUCCCCAGGCAUCAAUUAGUUUUACUUCACUGUAUGAUUUUGUACGUUGUUUUAAAUCAAUAAACAUACAGACAUGCCUAA